AUGUCCCAGCGCAGUCACAUGAACCGCGCCUGGGCUGCACUCGAGGAGCGCGAACUCUUGCGUGCACUAUAUGCACGACAGCUCGGUGCUGCCCCCGAACAGAUAUUCUACAGUACACGGGCAGCCCGGCUCCGGUCCAACGCCGCGGCGAAUCGAUACUCCAACGUCCUGCCUUACGACCGCGCCGUCGUAACAUCGAACGAAGGGGCGUAUGUGAAUGCGAGCGUAGUACGCGCUGGGGGAGAGUGGUGGGUCGCUGCGCAGGCCCCACUGCCGGACAACUUUGCGGCUUUCUUCCGUGCCAUACUCCAUGGUACGGCCAGUGCUCAUCCCCUCGUUGCGGGGAUGGGGAGGAAGAGUGGACAUGCGAUACUGGUUCAGCUUACGGGGUGGAGUGAACGGGGUGCCCCAAAGGCCGACGAUUAUAUGCCAAAGGGCAGCACGACCCUCCACCACCCAGCCGGCAACGUGCACCUUACACGGGUAUCUGGAUCGCGUCGGCCCGCCUUAGGCGCCGAGUACACCCAAAUCCAGAUGGAGGGGGAGCAUGUGAUGACGCUCCAUCACUACUAUUUCGGGGCUUGGCCAGACCACGGCGUACCCGAAGGCAAGGCGGUUGUGCAAUUGCGAAGCCUCGUGCGUGAGGUGCGCGAGCUGGCCGAGCGGGAGGGUUGUGAGGUGUGGGUGCAUUGCUCGGCAGGUGUAGGGCGUACUGGCACAUUCAUCAUGCUCUCGUCGAUGCUUGACCGGCCCACCCCCAACAGUGAAGACGAAUCGCCCUUCCCGAGCCCGCUCGGGCCGCUCGAGAUGGAGCACCCAGACGCGAUCGCACGCCGCGUCGACGCGAUCCGCGAGUACCGUUGCAUGCUGGUCCAGACGCCGCAGCAGCUUGCACUGUUGUAUGCCAUAUUGGGCGAAUCCAACAAGGGCGCGUGUAGCAAGAGCUCUUGCAUCUUUUGUUGA